CUUCACGUUAUCAGUGAUGUAAUGCAGUGACAGCAGACGCAUGAAUACGUACUACAAAAAUCCCACCGCUUAAAAACAGUUUAACUGUUGUUCCUAUGAUAGUCUUGCUUUUAACAUCGUAAUUACACAAAACAACAGGAUAAACCGGGGAGUCUUAGACCCAUCUCAUACAGCAGACAGUGCUACGUUAGCAUUCUGAGAGCGCACGUCUUGGUGCUGAGACGGUGGAAAACGACACUUCCCCAAGCGCGACGCACGUCUUUUUGGUGGUGCUGAAGAAGAAUGUAGGGAUGCUGUUGCUCAGAGCUUAAUUUUUGGGAGAUUUGGCUUCGGCUGGAUGUGACAUUGCGCCUGUGCGUUAGACGGUUGCUGGUGACCACGAAGAUGGCGGAGUGCGCAGCAGAAAAAGCAGUCAAGGCACCGGCAGUUGAAGUGAUGUCACCACCAUCAAUUGCAGAGAAGAGACCUCAGACCAAUGGCCAUGCCUCCCCUGUACGCCUGCCAGCCAGUCAAAGCAGCCCUGCUGGGAAACAGAUUGAAGUCAUGACCCCACCCAUAGUAGCUGAGAAGAAACCUCAGACCAAUGGCCAUGCCUCCCCUGUGCGCAUGCCAGCCAAUCCCAGCAGCCCUUCAGGUAAACAAUAUGUGGAAGGGUACCUGAAGACCGAUGACAGGAUGCGCCUGGCCAAAGAGAGACGAGAGGAGAGAGAUAAGAGCCUCGUGGCACGGGAGCAGGCUAUCCGGGAAAAGGAGCGGCGGGCUCAGCUGCAGUACGAGCGCACGGUGGAGGAGCGCUGGCGGCGGCUGGAGGAGCAGCGGCAGAGGGAGGAGCUCCGCCGGGCCGCGGUGGAGGAGAAGAGGAGGCAGCGGCUGGAAGAGGAGAAGCAGGAGCGCCUGGAGGCCCUGAUGAGGCGGUCCAUGGAGCGUAGCCUGCAGCUGGAGCAGCGGCCCAAGCGCUGGACCUGGGGCAGCACGGGCGGGGCCCGAGAGGGUGACUGUGAGAAUGCCCUGCCUCCUCGCUCCGCUGCCUCUGCCCUCCCCCAUGAUCUCGCUGCCUCCUUUCCUGCUGCCAGUGAAUUUAGCAACGCAGCUGACUUUUUGUCAGCGUCCGCCAUGACCCUGUCCCAGCCCCAGGACCCGUCCCUCAGCAAACGCCUUUCAUCCUCCUCCGCGGCUAUAGUCCAUACUGCAGAGAGAGCACCUCCUAGUCCACACAGAUCCCCCUACAGGGGCUCUCCGGGUAGGGGGGGUUGCCGGAAGGCCAGAACGGGAUCCCCAGGAUUGUCUGAGGAGAACAGAGGAGCAAACGUGUCCCCCGAAAACCUCAAGUCAGAGAAGCUGCACAGAGAGAGAAGAACGACCUCCCCGGGGUUCGGCUCCCCCCUUAGACGGCCAGAAUCCCCUGCCGCAGCCAACAUGCGCUCCGCCUCACCUGCGGCCUCCAGGAUCAUGUCAAAGAACCGGGCCCAAUCUCCCUGCACCAUAAGGGACUACCCCCCCUCCCCUUUGAAGCACAGGUCAAUCACACCCAACAUGGAGGGCAACAAGAGGAAGCAGGACGAGGAGAGCGGUGAAGCAGGGCCCAAAGACACAAGGGAAGAGGAGGCCAACAAACCUCAGGAGAAGACAACAAUCAAAACUUUGACCCCUGAUGAGAAAUCUUUGAAUAUGAAGACCCCUGAGAAGAAGGCGUCCAAGGUUGAGACACCUGAGAGGAAGACUUCUAAGGCAGAGACACCAGAGAAGAUUUCUAAGGCAGAGACACCUGAGAAAAAAGCCUCUAAGAUGGAGACACCAGAGAAGACCACUAAGGCAGAGACACCUGAGAAGAUUAAUAAGGUUGAUACACCUGAGAAGAAGGCCUCAAAAGCGGAGUCCCCUGAGAAGGAAACCUUGAAUGUUGAGACACCUGACAAAAAGAUGGCAAAGUCCAGUAGCAGUGAACUGAGCGGUGACAGGAGUGCCGAGCCGUCCCCACUGACACCCACAGGAAAGCCCAUCGCUGGGACGACAGAUGCAGAGGAAGCGUCUCGGUUACUGGCAGAACGCCGGCGUCAGGCCCGCCUGCAGAAGGAGCUGGAAGACAAGCAGCGGCGUGAACAAGAGGAAGAGGAGAGAGCGAGAGUGGAUGAGCUUCGGAGGAAGCAGGCGGAGGCACGUGCAAGGCAGGAAGAGGAGGCGCGACAGGUGGAGGUGGAGAAACAGAGGCAGGAGCAGGAGCGCAAGCUGAAAGAAGAGGAGGAGCGGCGGCACAGGGAGUGUCAGGAGAGGGAGCUCCAGAUGCAGAUGGACAGAGAGAAGGAAGAGGGAGAACUGCAGGCCCAGAAGGAGGCCGAGCGCCAACGACAGGAGAGGGAGGUUCUGAAGCUACAGGAGGAGCAGGAAAGACUGCAGAGGAAGAAGAGGAUUGAGGAGAUCAUGAAGAGAACCAGAAAGAGUGAUGCUGAGAUGAAGAAAGAAGAGGUGCGGAUGGAGCCCUCAUCUCCUUCCUCCCUCCUUCAGCCUGUCUCACCUACACCACCAGAGCCCCAAGGGGAAGUCUUGGUGAAGGCGCAGUUGAAUGCACAGAUGAAUGGACAAGUUAUUGGGCAGCCCCUGCUGGAGCUGGGAGAUUUGGGGGGUGCUGUUAUGAAGCCCACCCCGUCCCCAAAACCUGUCCCCCAGGCCAAGCCCCAGCCCGCGCCCCCCCUUAUCAACCUUGAGGUGAAGAGCACUGUGAGGGACAAGGCCGAUGAGGUCGAGUCCAUGGAAGUCAGCCCUGUCUCUAAGGAGGAGCUCAUCUCCAUCCCGGAGUUCUCUCCCGUUGACGAGGUCCGUCACAACGGCAUGAGUAACGCCCGUGCCAUCGAGGACCUGCUAGACCUGACGGGCCAUGUGGCCUACCCAAAACUCUCACCCGGUGCCAACCUGGGGGACUGCAACAAGAACCUGUUUGAGGGCUUCUGUAGCCCGGUACCGGAUACCCACUUGACCAUCCAAGCCUGUGCCCCGUCGUCCGAUAAACGCAACAUCCAGUAACCAGAACCCUGGAGUUGGCCAGCUGUGGUGUGGAGACCUUUGACCUGUUCCUCUGGAGAUUAAAGAGCUGAAUGUAGUUUACUGUUGCUCCUCAAAGACCCUUCUAGAAACGCUCCGCAGUCUUCAUUGCCCCAAGGCCUACUGAUUGCUGUGACUCGGGAACGAUGGCUGCAUUGCAGGAUUUCAUUUCCUCUUAAGAGACAGGCACAAGUGUGUUGGUUUGGAUGUGUUAUUCUGUUCAAAUUCAGAAAACUACACAUGGAAGUGGAGCUUUUCUGUUAUGCAAAGCUGAUGAGUUUCUGUGUGUGUCAGGAGCAUUCUUAAAGUGUGAUGCAGUUGACAUGUAUUGCUAUGUGUAAAUGAGUGAUUGUGUGUGUUCAAAGCUGGGCUGCCAUUAAGUAUUGCAGCAGUUUCUCAGUAAUCAUCGAAAUGUACAGUUAAGAAGACAAAUGCCUUGCAAAGAGCUUCUCUUACAUAACUGGUAGUAUUACAGACUAGUGGUUACUCCAUACCUUUAAAGACAUGCUAUGGUGUUUGUUCCAAAAUUAAUUUUACCUGAGAACUCCUUAGAACAUGGCUCUUUGUAGAAAGGCAUACUGCAUAUCAGAAAUAACAUCGAUAGAAAAAUUAUUUCGUUCUCAAAGCUGGGAAUUAUGCUAAAUUAUGUUUUUAAUGCUCGGGAAUAACUAUGAUCAGAUGUAGUGUAGUGUAAUGUGCAAUGUACAAAUCCUUAAUGAAACAUCCUCAUAUUUUACAAGGCUCUCCUUGUCCUUGACCAGAGAUGUUAUCUACCCACUCAGGAUCCAGUAAUUCUGAGUGGCACUGACUAAUGUAGAUUAUUGGUCACAGAAACAACUACUGUACAAGACAGAUCUACCUGUGGCUUUAACCCAUACAGAUGCUCAGAAGCUUGUCAUGCGCAACAACAACCAUAACCAUGCUUACCUGAGACAGCCUAAUCUGUAUCCUACCUGUUUCUUGACUAAGGAAGGGAUUUUGAUACGCAGAAUCUGUGACAAAAACUAAUUCAUGUCAGGUUUUAUUCAGACGUUUUGCUUGGGGAAUAAGUAAUGGUUUUCCAUCAGCAAAUAUUGUACUGGUGGAGAAUUCUGAGAUAUUUUCUGGGUAGUGUUCUGUUUUUCAUCAUGCGAUGGGACUUUUACUGUGCAGGAUCCAGUAUCCCUGAUGGUAAACACUUGACAGAAAAUAUCUAAGAAUUCCCGGCUGGCCUUUAGAAGAUUGGUUCGCAACUUUGGGUCAGGGCUCACUGAUUGGUCAUGGACGGGGUUGAGGUGGUUCACAAAGCAAGUAUGAAAGAAACCACAGUAUGUCAUGUACUUUCCAUUGAACUUUGCACUAGUUACAAUCAGUGUUCAUGUUCAUAUAUUUUAAUGCCAUAUUUGAACAUUUGCUAGCCACCUACAUUUAAGAAGUGUUCACCACCAUAAAAAUGUUUUUGUGUUAAGUGGGUUGGGCUCCGAAAGUUUAAGAACCAUACCUUAGACUGUUAUAUUUAGUAUUGAAUUUGAGGCCCUGUCCAGCGUUCAGUCUGAAUUUCACAGAAAGUUGUGAAUUUUCCACGGUUUUUAAGGCCUUCAGAAUUAAAUGGGAAUUUUAAUCUCUGUGGUAUUGCCUGGCUAAAUAAAAGUACAUCAGUAAGUGAAUAAAUGGAAUAUUGUGGCUUCAUGGUUUCAGCAAACCUGGAAAUUCGAUUUUGUAUGUUUUGGUGAGAGACCUUUCCUGGGUGUACACGUAUAGUCACAUUUGUCUAAUACUUAUUGACUUCUUUGUGUGUGUGUAAAGAGUUUGAAGAAAGACUUAAGGGGAAAAAAGUGUACCCUGGAAGUGCAAUAGCCUGUUAGGGUCUUUCACAUCAGGUUAACAGCGAAUGUGUAAUCAAGCCUUUAAAUCCGUAUGUCUCAUUCUGUAUAUUUAAAUAAAGAGGAGCACAUUGUAGUUAGUGUAAGAGUGUGAUUACUGUAGACUUAGUGCAUGGUCCCUCAGCAUGAGCACAAAAUAAAGACAGUAAAACUUUAAA